UCUCAUUUCAACCUAUUUUUUUCUCUUCAUUAAAGAAAAAAUUCCUCCCCUCAACCCUGUGUACAAUUGGGAGUAAACGCCUUAUUGACGAUCUACAUCUACUUUAAUUUCCCAUGUUUACAAAAUAUCGUACCGCAGGAUACAACGGAUAUGCUGUCCAAUGGAGUCCGUUUUUUGAACACAAAUUGGCUGUAGCGACGGCUGCUAACUUUGGUUUAGUCGGAAACGGAAGACUUCAUAUUCUUAACGUUGGAGCAGGACCAGCAGCAGGAGUCAUUGAGGUUGAACGAGUUUUCGAUACCCAGGAUGGCCUGUUCGAUGUCUGCUGGAGUGAGGUCAAUGAAAACCAAUUGGUUACUGCUAGCGGCGAUGGAUCCAUAAAGCUGUGGGAUACUACAUUGGCAGAUUUUCCAAUUCAAAAUUGGCAUGAGCACCAGAGGGAAGUCUUUUCUGUUAACUGGAACUUGGUGACCAAGGAUACAUUUUUGAGCUCAUCAUGGGAUAACACUAUCAAACUGUGGAACCAAAAUAGUCCACGAUCAUUACAGACCUUCAAGGGUCAUUCUCAUUGUGUUUAUUCUGCUAUGUGGUCCCCUCACUCACCCACAUUGUUUGCAUCUUGCUCUGGAGAUCAUACAGUCAAACUCUGGGAUACCAACUCACCGUCACCUAUUCAGACGAUCCUUGCACAUGGUAACGAAGUGUUGACGCUGGAUUGGAACAAGUAUCAGGACCACACGGUGGUAACAGGGUCAGUAGAUCAUACGAUCAAAGUAUGGGAUAUGCGUCGACCCGAUCGGGAGAUCAAUUGCUUGCGAGGACAUGAGUAUGCUGUCCGUAAAGUCAAAUGCUCACCUCAUUCAGGCACAUUGAUUGCAUCGACAUCGUAUGACAUGACUAUGCGUAUGUGGGAUAUCUCGACCAGCGACAUGAUUGAAAUUCAUGAUGCACACACAGAGUUUGUCCUGGGAGUUGACUUCAACUUGUAUAGAGACCGAGAAGUAGCUACUUGUGCUUGGGAUGAGAGCGUGCAUGUUUUUAUACCUCGCUGCCUGAUGUAGUAAAAGUUGAAAUGGAAGGAGGAAUAAAGAAUGAAAAGCAAG